AUGGCCGUGCCGGCCGCGCGCCCGCGCGACUUCACCGUCAACGACAUCGUCUACCUCCACCCUUCCACCACACCAUAUCCUCGGGGAUUUAAGUGUUUCACCUGUGAAAAGGCUGCAGAUAAUUACGAGUGCAACCGAUGGGCUCCGGAUGUCUACUGCCCCAGAGGUACAAGGUAUUGCUUUAGCCAACAUAUGAUGAAAGUCACUGGUGAGAGCGUUUCGGUCACCAAACGCUGUGUGCCAUUAGAGGACUGUCUGGCUACAGGAUGCACGUACAUAAAGCAUGAAGAAUACAAGGUGUGCACCUCCUGCUGCGAAGGCUCCAUCUGCAACCUGCCCCUGCCAAAGAACUCCACAGACGCCGUGUUCACCACCCUGGCCCCCCUCAACAAGACACAGAGACUGUCACACCCCAUCCUGCUCACCACAGCCUGUCUCUGGCUGGGCCUGAUGUCACAGCACUGGGUCACACUGCCAGGGACAGGCAGCUGA